CGAUGCUGUUGCAACGGUCCGCGUCAAGUACGGCCCGUGUCGCUGCCAGGAAUGGACAAGGGAUAUGGGUCAGGCCCGCAACGUCGGCAGCGGGAGGGCAUGUAGUCGGGAUUCCCACCGCCUCGAGGCGGCCGAUCGGCGGAAUGAGGGGCGCACUGACUGGAUUCGCCAUCGGUCUGGGCAGCGUGUCCCUCUAUGGCUACUACUAUCUCCUCCAGGAAUACCACAGCGCCAGCCUAGAGAUGAGGGCCUCUGUCCGCGAGCUUGAGGACAGCACGCACAAGAUCUCUGCUGCUAUGGCACGUAUGUCUUCGCUCGAGAAGCAAGUGGGAGCGCUUGCAUCGUCUUCAUCCACAAAGGAAGACGUUCGAUCCAGGACAGGAGACCUCGUCCGCGUCUAUGACGCCCUUCACCAGGAUGUCCUCGAAGUCAGACGAAAGCUGUGGGACGUAGAGCAAGACGUCAACAAAGCACUCGGCACUCCCACGUCUCGGCAGGCCAAUGGACGCAUCGUCUGAUCUGCAAUACCCCUUGUCCCUCCCCUCUGUCAAUGUAUUUGUGCGAAUCAAUCACCUCGUCACUGCUCACAGGCG